GAUUUCACGAGCCUUGCUCUCGGUUUUUUUGUGGUCUCAAGAUAUCGGACCUCCUCGAAUCGGCUCGAUCUUGCACAGAACAACACUCCCACACUGCCACAGUCACAGUUUGACGAGACGCCAUUGUGAGUAGCAUCUUUGUCCGAAGCGUUGUCUUCCUUACUUGUCAAGAUGGGAUCAGGAGGUGACUUUGGCCACAAGAAAAUGAGUGGGAGAUGGCCCCUAUUCAUGGUCGCACGCCGUGGGGAUUUGGGCUCGGCUGUCCCCCUGACCAUUGCCACCAUGUUCUGCGUUUCAUUCGCAACGCUUCUGGGGUACCACAUGUGCACCAAGGGAACGGAAUUCAGAUGGAGGCCCAGCAAGCGGUCAGAUAAGUACUCUGAGGUCAACAACUGGGCCGACAAGAAGGACAACGGAUUCAUUUUCGGAAUCGGCACACCUUCCGAGGUGUAUGAGGGCAAGCACCUGCCACCCAAGUACUAGAUACGAAUAUGUACCAGUGAACUCCUAUGUUCUACAGAUUUACUCUCUUCUUUUUAAUGAUUACAAUAUUGUGUGGAGAUUUCACAACACCUAGAGCGUGGGAGCAAGUCGGAUGUCAUUGUUACAGUACAGCGGACUCUAUUGCAAAUGCUUAUAUAGUUCUGACGCGGAGAAGUCAUGUACCCCGCCUUAUAUGCAAGUUCCCCAGAUAUUAUUUACCCAUCUAAUUCCAGAUCAUUAGAACAGUAUUUAUGGGAUUUAUAACAGAUAUCUGAUGUGUUUAGAAUGGAUUGGUUUGCAGUUCGCUCUGA